UUCUCUUUCCAUGUUCUUCUCUUCUCUCUGUAAACCAUUUCUCUCCUAAUAUUUCAAUAGCCAUUAAUGCAUAGCUCUGCUAUUAUUUCUCUUUAAAUUUUUUGUUGCAGCAACAAAUAAUAAUAGAAAAAGAACACAUUUUGCUUUGUUUUUUGAGCCCAUUUCUUUUCUUGCAACACAAAAUAAAACAACCAGAAGAACCCCAUUUCCUUCCUUUCUGUUGCAAAUUUAUUUUGUUUUUUCUUUUCUCCAUUUUUCAUUUUCUGAGAAAAAAAAAUCUUUUUGUUGGAGCAAAAUAUAGUGGUUUUGAGCUAUUGUCUGUCUUUCUGACAUUCCAAUAGCAAAAUAAAAUAAAAUAAAAAAAUCUCACCUUUUUCAAGAAUCCCCUGUUUUUUCUUCUCCAUUUUCCCAAAAAAAAAAAAAUUGUUGUUGUAGCAAAAUUUAGUGGUGAGUUUGAGCUAUUGCAUGUCUUUUUUGACAUCCCAAUAGCAAAAAAAAUCUCAGUUUUUUCUGCAAAUUAAAAAAAAAAAACAUUUUCAAGAAUCCCCUGUUUUUUAAAAUGGAGAGGAUUUCAACAACAAAUUUUCUACCUGAUACAUUUUAUGGAACAAGAGAUGAUAUAACAGAACAAUUUGCUAUAAUGUGGGGACAAAUUAAAGCUCCAUUGAUUGUCCCUCUCUUAAGAAUUUCAGUGUUUUUGUGUCUUGUAAUGUCUGUAAUGUUGUUCAUUGAAAGAGUUUACAUGUUUGUUGUGAUUACUUUGGUGAAACUCUUUGGUAAAAAACCAGAGAAAAAAUACAAAUGGGAGCCAUUAAAAGAUGAUGUUGAGCUUGGGAAUUCAUCUUAUCCUAUGGUCCUUGUUCAAAUUCCUAUGUAUAAUGAAAAAGAGGUUUAUCAGCUAUCAAUUGGAGCUGCAUGUGGACUUUCAUGGCCUUCUGAUCGUAUUAUAGUACAAGUUCUUGAUGAUUCAACAGACCCUAUAACCAAGAAUUUGGUGGAAAUUGAAUGCCAAAGAUGGGCAAGCAAAGGGAUAAAUAUAAAAUAUGAAGUGAGAGAUAAUAGGAGUGGGUACAAAGCAGGUGCUUUAAAAGAAGGAUUGAAACAUUCUUAUGUGAAGCAAUGUGAUUAUGUUGCUAUAUUUGAUGCUGAUUUUCAACCUGAACCUGAUUUUCUAUGGCGUACAAUUCCAUUUCUAGUUCACAAUCCUGAGCUUUCCCUUGUUCAAGCUCGUUGGAAAUAUGUAAAUGCUGAUGAAUGUCUAAUGACAAGAAUGCAAGAAAUGUCAUUGGAUUAUCACUUCUCUGUGGAGCAAGAAGUUGGGUCUUGCACAUAUGCCUUUUUCGGAUUUAAUGGCACUGCUGGUGUUUGGAGAAUUGCCGCGAUAGAUGAGGCUGGAGGUUGGAAGGACAGGACAACGGUCGAAGAUAUGGACCUCGCUGUCCGCGCCAGUCUCAAGGGAUGGAAAUUCUUGUUCCUCGGUUCUGUCAAGGUAAAAAAUGAAUUACCGAGUACAUUGAAGGCCUAUCGUUAUCAACAGCAUCGUUGGUCCUGUGGCCCAGCCAAUCUCUUCAGGAAAAUGUGUAUGGAGAUUAUAAGAAAUAAGAAAGUGUCUUUGUCGAAGAAGGUUUAUGUGAUCUACAGCUUCUUCUUUGUUAGGAAGGUCGUGGCCCAUAUUGUUACUUUCGUAUUCUAUGUUGUGGUGUUACCUGCCACUGUAUUAGUACCUGAAGUUGAGGUUCCGAAGUGGGGAGCCGUUUACAUUCCCGCCAUCAUUACGCUCCUCAAUGCAGUAGGAACUCCAAGGUCACUCCAUUUGCUGGUAUUUUGGAUCCUAUUUGAGAAUGUCAUGUCACUCCACCGAACGAAGGCCACCCUCAUCGGCUUGUUGGAGGCAGGAAGAGUGAACGAAUGGAUCGUCACAGAGAAAUUAGGGGAUGCUCUCAAGUUAAAGUCAGCUGCCAAAGCAUUUAGAAAGCAUCGAAUGAGGCUUGGUGACAGGAUUCAUUUGUUAGAGCUUGCAGCUGGGGCAUACCUCUUCUUCUGUGGAUGUUACGACAUUGCCUUUGGGAAUAACCACUAUUUCCUCUACCUCUUCAUUCAAGCGUUCGCCUUCUUCAUCGUGGGAUUCAGUCAAGUUGGCACGUUCAUGCCCACCUCUUAGUCAGCGCUUGUGUCUGAUUUAGGGUAUGAAUCUUCAUUUUUCGCCCUUGUGCUCCCCCUCGGUAGCACCACAAAGAAGUGGCGUUUUUCAGUGGCAUCCCGCCUCUGCAGUUUCUCCUCCAUUUUCUUGUUUCCGAGUGUUUUUUUUUUUUUGUUCAUUUGUAAAAAAGAGGAAAAGUUGGUUAUUCUUUUUAGGUUGAAGCAUAAAAGUGAUUCGAGCUACGACUAGAAUCUUGUUUGUUCUGUUUGU